AUGUCCAGCAACCCGUCUCCAGCUAUACCGGACGACGUGAACUUCACCACCUGGGGCAUCUUUCGAAUCGCCUAUGGAAAGACACCCUCAGUCGCUGUGCUCAAGCGUGUCACGAGGCUUCGGCGUGCUUGGCAUAAUUUGCGGCCUGUCGCAAUGCGCCUUGUGAAAGAGACAUACGGGUCGAGUCCGGGGGCGCUCAUCGUAUAUCUCUGCUCUCAGGGAGCAAUUUCGCUGUUCCCGGCCGGCUCGCUGUGUCUUCUUGACGGGGUAUUGCUCGAGGUUACCAAAGCAAUCGAAGCUGGAGGGCUCUCAGGUAACGGCAUUCGCGCCGUCGUCGCAUACUUGUUCUCUUGGUUCCUUCUGAGCAUGCUCGCCUUCGUGGCCGAGCGCAUAAGUCAGGACGUCGGCCUCCUACUGCAGGCGCGCUCGAAUGCAGAUUACUUCCCGAGGUUGGCUCGAGCGCUCUCUGGCCUGACAAUGGACGACCGUGAAGGUCACCUCCGGCGCACACCUCUCCUUUGCGACUCAUCCCUCGAUUUUUGCAAAUCCCCCCUUUGGGCACUGCUCGACGAGGCGGUGAACUCCGUGAAGUGCUUGCUCGAGAUAGCUUUUCUACUUGUUGCAAUCUCGACCGUGGCCGUACGACACGAGCGACUAGAGGUUGCCACCGUGUAUGGCUUCGCGCUUGUGAGUAUGCUGCUCGGCUUGCUGAAGCCUCCGAACUUCCUGAACGGUGCUGGUUACACCUUCUGGGCGGAGGACCCGGAUUACCAACGUCUAGCCGCGCUUCACCAGAUGCUCUUUGACGUGAAAUACAGCAGAUCGAUCUUCAUGAAUGGGAUCUCCACUGCGGUUGUGGAAGAGUAUACACUCAUAUACGAGCGCCUUCGGGACACCAAGGCCGACGCAUUAUAUCUUGCGCUAGGACGUCCAUCUGCUUCUUGGCUCUGGGAGAUGCCAUGUGCGCUCCUUGGGAGAUCGUCGAUCGUAUGCUUGCUUCUGUCAUCCGCAUCGUACUCUGAGUUCGCCGUCCAGAUAAUGGUCGCCGCCGUCGCCAUACCAGUCGUGGAACCCGCGAAUGCCGUCUCGCUUGCCGUCUACGUCCCCUACAUGCUCAAUUUCGUCAUGGGCGCGCUUGACCGCUAUGCGCAGCUCAGGCGGCUCAGCGACAUACUUGACGAGGCGACAAUGACUUACGCAACACUUGAUACGGUCCAUUCACCUCCUCCGAGUAUCGGGCUUCGCACAAGUCAUCCCCAUACUGAAGGCGUUCAUAUCGAGCUGAGGGAUGUUGUCGCCACUUCCUCGGAUGGUGACCCCUGCACUAGUCGAGCCAUAUCCAUGAAUAUCAAACCGGGCCAGGCUGUCGUACUCAACGGCAGCGUGGACAGCAAAAAGGAUGCGAUGCUCGAUCUGAUCACAGGACUCAAGCCGCCGACUUCAGGGAGUAUAGUCUUUGACGGCCGGAUUCUGACAGAUUAUGGUGCGCGACAGCUACAGAGAUCCACUGUGUACCUUCCGCGUCGCGACGUCGUCUACCCGCUCUCGACUCGCGAGAAUAUCCUAUUUGGCGCCAGCCCUGGUUCGGAGGGAGACGUGCUGGCCCGCGAGGCAGCCAGCUUGGCCGGCGUCUCAGCACUUCUCGAGCAGAGCAAGGUCCUCGAUGUGCCUCCGCUCAUUGGGCAGAGUAUGAGCUUCAACGGGCGGCGCUUCGCGAGUUGGAUCUUCACUCCCCGAGUGCAAGUGCGCAGACUUUGA